AGGAAUACAACCUUUCAAUUUGCACAAAACUUCCUAGAAAAAUAAAAGAAAGAGAUACAUAUAUAGUAAUUAAGGAGACUUGACCUCUCCAAUGGGGACAAAGGCUAUGGUUUCCUUUAACUCGUUGUAUAAAAAUAUCCAUACAUAUUUUCACUUCACCUCUCCAAUGGAGAAUGUAAUAGCAAAUGCAAUCUCAAGUUGGCUUAAAAGUCUCCAUUUAGACAUGAAUACUCUUUUUGGUAUUUUCUUAGAUGCGUUCUUGUUUUAUUUCCAACCCUUGGCUCAAUUUUUCCGUGUCAUAAAAUACAAGGUUUCUUCUAACAAAGCCAAAGAACAUCAACAACAUCAAGAAAAGGUAGUGAUUAGUAGAGGAGAUAUCAAGAAUUUGAUGGAAAGACUAGGAAUAGUUUGCGACUUAGAUAAUGAUGGCAAGCUUCAAGAAAGAUACGGUGAAAGUGAGGUUUCAAGAUUGUUUGAGGAGGAGCCUAGCUUACAGGAGAUUAAAGAAGCUUUUGAUAUUUUUGAUGAAAAUAAAGAUGGGUUUAUAGAUGGUCAAGACUUGCAAAGGGUUUUGUGUGUUUUAGGUUUCAAUGAUGGGUUUUGUCAAGUGGAGAAGUGCAAAGAGAUGAUAAAGGCAGUUAAGAAGGAUGUAGAUGGAAAGAUUGAUUUCAAUGAGUUUGUUGGAUUUAUGGAAAAGUGUUUUUGUUAGCUUUUUAUUUUAUAUGAUAUUCUCGUUGCAAUCGCUUUCUUUUCAUGAGCUUGACAUGAUGCGAGUAUGAUUAAACUUACUCUAACGGAUUAGAAA